AACUUGUCGAGUUGAUUAAUUCACCCAUAUGGAAUCUCAAGUUGGCAUUAAUAUCAAUGGGAAACCUUUUGGUAGUGAUGCUAUAAAGUGGUCUGAUGACAGUAUAUUAUCUGUUUGUUUCGACAAUAGUGUUCACUUACUGACACCUAUUCUUGUGGGAAUAUCAUCGGAUCUUGAUAGUUGUCAACAUUCUCUCAUUAUGAAUGAUCUAUUACCUGAUAGUUAUGAUUUUGGAGAGUCUGACGUUAUUGAAAAGCCUGUCCAAUCAUCAUAUGCUAUUUCUGAAGGAUAUCGUUGUACUAAUUGGUCACCUACUGGAUUAUCAAGCAACUAUGGAUGCCUUCUUACUGUGAUUACUACUAAACAUAGAGUUCUACUAUUUGAAGCUGGCAAGGAUACCCCAAAUUGGACACUGCAUACGGAUAUGACACCAAUGUUAAGGGAUCACGUAUUGAUUCAAUCUGAAACUGAAGAAUUCUCAACUUUGGAACAAAUCAAUCAAUUUCAUUCAUUGUAUGCGGCAUGGUCACCAUAUAUUAUCAUUGAUCCAUUGAAACCCAAACCUGCUAUCAUCGCUAUUGGAAAUAAAGCAGGUGGAAUUUCUUUGUGGAGUUAUUCAAUUGCUGAUGGAUUUCGAUACCAAAUAGAUUGUCAAGUACAUACUUCUCCCGUGAAUCUAUUACAGUGGUCCAAGUGGCGAAAAUCUGGUGAAAAUUAUAUUGGAUAUCUUUUAUCAACAAGUACGAAUGGAAUUGCAGUCAUAUCAUCUGUUACCAUUCAAAUCGCAUCAUCCGCAGUUAAUUCAGUACAAAUACAAAUAUUACAUACUUGGUUCGAAGAAGACUCAGGAAUACCCACUAUCAUCAAAUUAUGGGAAGAUUCGAAAAAUGAUAUUAUCAAAAUUCUUGUCGUAAAACAAGUUAUGGUUUAUACUGCAAUGCUUCGUGUACAAAAAGAUUAUCAGCUUGUUCUGGAUUUAACCUGGUUGGAUUAUACAGUACCUAAUUCUGCGCUUGGAGUGUCUGGUGCGUACUUUGCAAAUAAUGGAAAAAGCAUUCGAUUGGUGACUCAUGAAGGUACUGGAUUGGUGCUUUCCUACAAAGACAAUAUCUUGGAUUUGGAUGGAUCAUCGUCACUUAUUGUCACUCAAAAAUUACAACGUAAAUUCAAACAACAAUGGAUGGAAGAAAUGUCAAAAUAUGAAGAAGAGGAAAUACUAUUUGGAUUCAGUUUUGGAGUAUUAUUAUGGGGCAUAGAUGCAACUCCAAAUGGAUUGUAUUCUGCCAUUUUAUUUACAUUGAAACCUUUAGUUGAUGUACAUACUUAUGUGGAAUCCAAAGACAGUACUCAUGUUGCCUUUUUACUUCAUCCCAACAUCGACAAUCAAAAGGCUUUACCAAAAUUACUGAAUGAUUUGAAACUAUAUAUUCAUGAUCCUGACUUUUUCUUUACCUAUCCGAUACAAUCCAUUCUACACGAACAACUUGAAUUUUUAUUGGAUGAAGAUAAUGAUGAACAACUGAUGGUUUGGUUACAACUUUUGAACAAUGCAAUAGACAGUUUGAAUGAAGAGUCAAGGUGGCAUUCUUUGGAUUUGACAAGAAUGGUUUACAGUAUACCCAACAUUGUUGCUUGCCAAAUUGCUGUCUACAUUAGUAUGGAAUCAAAGUCAUAUAGAUUAACUGAUACAGCUCGAGUCUAUUUGGAUGAACUCAAUAGCAAAGGUCACCAUUUUAUCAUUUUGAAUUAUCUACAAUCCGUACUUACUUUUGUCAACAAUCAAGAAGACACUUUUUGGAAAUCUUUGAAUGGUGAGGAUAUUAUUCAAUUGUUAUUAUGGUGUGACAGAGCUUUAUACGAACCUAAACCUUCAAUCCAACUCCUUACCACGGUUAAAGAAACAUAUAUCAAAUUACGAUCUUUCUUUCCCACUGAUCCUCUUGUACAAACUAUAUCAACCGAAUUCGACUUGGUGGACUCUGCUUUGGUUGGAAAGUCUCUUAUGGAUAUUGAAUUACCAUCAAGACAAGACUGCCCUGUUUGUGAAAAUUCUAUUCCUUUUUCAGUAGGUCCAAUAUGUAUUUGUAAUAUGGGUCAUUGUUUUGAUCGAUGUAGCAUUACAUUCAAGCCAAUCGUUUCUCCGUUUUAUCAAGCCUGUGUUAGAUGUGGUGCCAAACGUCGAACGAUGUCCAUAGAUGAUAUGCAACAACAGCAUAACAAACUAUCAUCAUCAUCUUCAUUAAUAGAUACUGUGCUUUCCAAUUGUUGGAAAUGUAUUGAUUGUGGAUCGGAUAUUACAGCAGUCAAGCCAUGACCCCUUCUUGUAUAGUGAAUCAUCAAACGCCUAGUUGUUAGUAUAUGUGAAUAGAGAGAGAUUGGUGUUAUCAUGCUGGCCUUAAUAAAAUUGUAUUUUUUUCAUGAAAUCAACUUCGGAAUUUGAAAAGCAAAAACCCUCAAUUUUUUAUGUAGUUGUUUUGUGUUUUUCU